CCAAAAAGAACAUCUCACCCCUCUCUCCCUCACCCCCCAUCUCGGCCAGCACCCAAGAAAGAAGCAAGAGUAAUUUUCCAUCCUCCAUUCUCCAUCUUUGAAGAGAGCUCAAGCUUAAGGAGUCCAAAAGGAGGUCUUUGGGAAGGAAAAAGUGAGGAGAAAGUGAGAAGGGUUAAGGGACUUGACUUAAGCAUUUUUGAACCUCGCCGGAGUUUCGCCGGAGUUGGUCAAAGCACGCCGGAGUUGGUCAAAGCUUGCCGGAAUUAGUCAAAGUUCAAAUCGGGGAACGUAAAACGCGCUUAAGCUCACUUAAGAUCGACACUUUAAUUAUGCUGUGUGAAGAGGGGUAAUGGCCGGUAAUUUGAAGCAACGUCAUAAUUACGUAUGUGAGUGCGUAGGAAUGUCUUCCUUCUGCUUUAAUUCAAUGGCGUGAGUGCAUACGUAUAUUGAAUUGGCUGGAAAGGCGAUAGCGCCAUUCUUUGGUCAAUAAGCUUGGACUUGUAUGUAUAAAAGCUAGCACGCUGCAAACUACGAGUAAUAAAUUAAAACAUGGAUCUGUGCUGAUCGAUCGGCAGAAAGGUUUGGAAGCUGAAUUGAAGGUGCAGCGCAGCCGGCUGAGAUCAGCAGAUAUGAUGAUAGAAGGGAAGAAAUGGCAGCGCCGCAAUGUGGGGCAUUUCUUGUCCGGUCAAGUGGUCACGGCGGCCGCCGGCAGCUUGCUGCUUCUUUUGUUUGCCGCCGCCUUUGCUGUUAGGACGGAGGGUCUGGAUCAGACCGACCUUGAGUCCAUUGAAUACAAUGUAAUGAUGGAGCUGAAGAGUAGUCUUACGUUCCCGGCCGGAGUAGAGUCCCAAUGGAAUAAUUGGACUGAUCCCGAUCCGUGCAACUGGUCCGGUGUGUUGUGUUCGGCUAGACCGGACCUGAAUAAUUACUCUUUUGUCUUCGUUAUCAAUAUUGGGGGUUUGGGUAUCAGUGGGACUCUGCCGGGAAGCCUGGGAAACCUCACCGGGUUGUUCAGGUUCUAUGCCGCCGGCAACCGCCUCACAGGGUCACUUCCGGACUUUUCCGGGUGCUCAAAUCUCGGCGUGCUCAAUGUUGCCCGCAAUCUGUUCACUUCAAUCCCGCCAACUCUGUUCCACGACAAGACUGAACUCCAAUGGCUUCGUCUAGAUCACAACAUUUUGCUUCAGCCCUGGAAAAUUCCUGAAGAUCUGAGCUCCUCUUCACAACUUGUCAUUUUCACCGCCGCCGAUUGCAACAUUUAUGGGGACUUCCCCAGCUUCUUUAACGACCAAACUUUCCCCAACUUAAAGAACCUCCAAUUGGGGAACAACCAUUUGUCAGGGAACCUCCCUCCCACCUUGCCCCAAUAUUUGGAGACUCUGUUGUUGAGUAACCAAACCGGGACGGCCGACUCAGGUUUGUACGGCAGCAUCUCCGCCAUACAGAACCUGACCCGGCUUACCAAACUCUACCUGCAGAGGAACAAUUUUUCCGGCGAAAUACCCGAUGUGUCCCGCCUCCAGUCAUUGACAGAAUUCAUCCUCAGUCAAAACAGUCUUACUGGUCCAAUGCCAAAGUCAUUGGCAGGAAUCUCUUCACUAAAAGUAGUGAGUCUGUUCAACAAUAACCUGAAUGGCACCGUCCCUCAUUUUAAUGACACUGUCAUAGUGAUUACAUGUGGGAAUCCAGGUUUAGCUGACCAAAAAGGGCUUCCAUGCUAGCUACUACAUGUGGGAAUCCAGGUUCACCGCAAGCCUGCAGCAGAUGUCACUAUGGCGGGUCUUGUAACUAUAAGAUAAAGUCACUAUAAGGGGAUGUUUACUUUUUUUCCCAUUAAGUCCUGUCUGGAUUAAGUGACAUUGUGAUAUCAAGCUGUUUACUAUGUGUGCUGAAUGUGUAGUCUGAAUUAUAUUAAAUGACCAAUUUACCAUGUACUGCAUUAUGUUUAGUUUUGCUAUUCUCAAUGUUCUGGUUGCGUAUGUAUAAGUAAUCUGAUGUGUGUGAACAAAGUAUGAAUUUUAACUUCUUUGUGUUUGCAAUUCCCAAA